GCGAAAUGUUUGAACCUCUCACACCCCCGUGUGCGAGAGUAGGUUCCUCUUUCUACGGUGCUGAGGCCAUUUUCACCGACACAGCCCGGCUUUUGCUGCAAAAAGUGGAAUGAAUGCCGACAAGUUAAACAAGCUCCAGGCGCAAGUUCGCAUUGGCGGCAAGGGUACAGCUCGCCGAAAGAAAAAGGUGGUGCACCGGACAGCCACAACAGACGACAAGAAACUUCAGAGCUCCCUCAAGAAGCUCACUGUAAAUAACAUCCCAGGGAUCGAAGAGGUAAACAUGAUUAAAGAGGACGGCUCUGUGAUCCACUUCAACAACCCCAAGGUGCAGGCAUCGUUGGCGGCCAACACUUUUGCAGUCACGGGACACGCCGAAACGAAACAAAUCACGGAGAUGCUUCCCGGAAUCCUGAACCAGCUGGGUGCUGAAAGCUUGACCCACCUCAAGAGGCUGGCCAGUGUACAGAGUGCCGUCGUGAGCCACUCGGAACAGAGCGGUGGAGCCGGAACCGGAGCGGGAGACGACGACGAUGACGAAGUCCCGGACCUCGUGGAGAACUUUGACGAGCCCUCGAAGGCAGAAGGCGUCUAGCCCAUCUCCUGCGUCGUCUGUCGAGGGGGGGGGCCGGACAGAACCUAAGAACUCUGGGGAAAGGGGGGGGGGGGGGGGGGAAACGCGCCCGCUAGAGGGGUCUCGCUCUGCGCUGUUGUCACGAGCAUUUUCGGCCCGCUUUCGGCGGACUCCUGUUCUUUGUUCUGUUGUUUUAGUUUUGGUCAAGUCUUGGGAACAGUGUUCCUUUUCUUGGGGAGGGAGGGCGUCUCCAUGAACGUCUGCUGCUUUGAACUGAAGGUUCCGAGAAUAAAACGACACGUGAAAUGGUC